CGGCAAUUUGAACGGACAUCUUGCAAAAACAUCUGACAACUGACAGAAGAAGCUAUUUCAUAAACAAGGAUCAUAAUCUGAAACUAUAUUCUCUUUAUUUCAUUUCUUAUAGAUGCGAAAGCAACAAGGAUGAGAUACCGAUAUUCGUAUGCACACUGGCAGUGCCCGACAUUGCUUGUCCUCUGCAUAUAUUUGAACCUCGCUCCAAGCUCAUGAUACGGCGGUGCAUCGAAAGCGGUUCGCGACAAUUUGGCAUGUGCGCUCCAGAUCCCGAGCAAACUUUUGCGACGGUUGGAACAAUGUUACAUAUAAACGACGUCAAUUUCUUGCCCGAUGGAAGGUCUGUUGUUCACACGGUUGGCAGCAGGCGCUUUCAAGUUUUGGAGCGAGGGUUACACGAUGGCUACAACACUGCCAAGGUUGCUUGGCUUCAGGAUGAGUGUGAUGAGAGCGACUACACUAAACUCAAUUGCGAAGUCUACAACAUGAUGACACAAUGGCUUGAAAAGCUACCGAGCGAGCAGAAGAUAUGCAUUGUGAAAGCGGUUGGGCGAUUGCCUGAUGCACUCCAGGGAACAAAUGAGAAUGGCCCCAGCUGGUUAUGGUGGCUGUUGGUUGCGAUGCCUUUGAACCACGAGGCAAAACACAUCAUCUUGUCUAUGACAUCGAUCACUGAACGUUUAAACAGUGCGAAACGGUUCUUAGCAAUAUUGUUAAGGAGAAGCACUCAACAACCAAAUUUUGCUUGCGAUCGUGGUCCCUGGCCAUGUUAGGCUAUUACAUUUAAUACCCAAUCCCCACCCUGUCGAGGACCUCUAUUCCAGAAGGGUCAAAUCUGUGGUCAAAUACACAGAUUUCUUUGCAUUCCUGAGGGGUAAAAAUCUCCAAAGCAGAGGUCCUCGACAGGGGGGUUUGGUUUUUAAAUGUAAUAGUUAAGGGACGGACCAUUUGAUUUUUGAUGGGGGGGUGGGUAGAAUCCCAAAAAAAAUAUCGGGCAAGCAAUUCGAACUUUAAAAAAAUAUCGUGCAAGAAUAAACGGACGAAAAAAAAUAUCGAGCAAGACUUUCGAGUGGUAAUCCUUAUUUGCCAUUCGGUGCAUUUCCGCGUGUAGCCCAGAGCCGCGUGUAGCCCUAGCUGGGGGCUGCAAGGUCCAGGAAAUGGCAUUUCAGAGACUCUAAAUUUAAAAAUUUCCUCGGGCCUUCGGCCCUCGCUUUCAGCCCCCCCCCCCCAAUCAAAAAGAGCUUCCUAAAGCCCUGUAGCCUAAAUAAUGGG